AUGGUCCAUAAAAAUUCUCGCCUUCACUCAAAAAUUCGGGCUGGGACGAUCGUCGGCCGACGUCGUCGUCGACAAAAGUUAGUUGAUUUGAAUGAGGUGGUGGACAUGAGAUGGGGUGUUAGAGAUGAAGCUACAGAUGAUCACAUGACGACAGAGCUGUGCAUGAGGGAGAUCAAGAAUUGCCAGCGGUUGUCCAUGGGACCCAAUUUCGUCGUGUUCUUGGGCCAGAAAUAUGGGUACAGACCGAUUCCAACGUAUGUGCUAUCAUCGGAGCUCCAGAUGUUGAGGGACGAGUUGGCAGCUGGUGGAGUGGACGUGAUACUCCUGGAUACAUGGUACAAGAAGGACUCAAACGCCGUACCCCCUGUAUCAGUGUUGCAGCCAAUAUCUUCGAUUCUCAUCAACUUCAACAAUAAGCGGGUGCCGAAACUCCAAGCGGAGGAUCAGGCAGUGUGGUGGGAUACACUUAACAAGAUGCAGAAGUUGUUCCGUAAAGCUUCGUCCCAGUUAUUCGCUGCGGGCAAAAUUGAUAAAGACACAAUGCACAACUACUUCAUGUCCGUGACGGAACGUGAAGUCAUAAAUGGCAUUCUCAACGUGAAGAACACGAAGAACCAUUGUUUAGCCUAUGUCCGUUACAUCAACAAUAUCAACCUUCAAAAUCUGAAGAAAGCCAGCAACUUCGUGGACAUCCUCAACAGGAGUUUGGACUCAGAAGCGUCCAAAUUGUUAGCUGAUCUUAGAGACGUACGAUUACCCGAUAAGAUAGAAACCACGAAUAUACAGAAAUAUACAGUAGAAUGGAUAGGAAGGGACGGUCUGGACCCUGAAACUCACGGCGAAUACUUGAACCAUUUCAUCUCGCAUUUCUACAAGGGCAUCAUCAAGCUCGUGGACAGAGCAAUGCGUAAAGAAGAUAGCAGCGCCCAAGGGGUGAUAGUGACAGAAAUUCUGCAACAUCUUCACGCCUGCAACAAUUCCGUCAAAGUGUUUCACGGCAGAUCCGACGAUCUGCUUUACAUCGAGACAUACAUGAAGAACACCUCAGAGAAACCCUUGGUCCUGUAUGGAGAAGGUGGCUGCGGGAAGACAAGUCUGCUGGCUAAAAGCGCUGCAAUGUCCCUGGACACUUGGUUUGCUGAUGUUCGCCCUACCAAUAUCAUCAGAUUCCUGGGUACCACACCCGAUUCCAGCGCACUCACUCCCACACUUAUUUCUAUAUGUCAACAGAUAUCUUACAAUUUCGCCCUUCCAUUUGAGAGCAUCCCCGAUGACCUGGUUCCCUUAACUGCUCACUUCAAGCAACUUCUGACAAUGGCUUCGCAGCAACAGCCUUUACUUCUCUUCUUGGAUUCUGUGGACCAGCUCACUGGUAUAGGAACCGAGAAUAACAAAGUAUCUUGGUUACCUACUAGAUUACCACCACAUUGUAAGAUUAUAGUGACCUGUGCCUGUGAAGAAGCAAAUCCUGAAGUAUCCAAAGAAUACGAUGUUUUAAGGAGAAUGAUUGACAACGAAGAAAAUUUCUUAGAAGUCACGGCUUUGGGAGAAGAUCUGGCAAUGCAAGUUCUUAAAUUGUGGAUGGCAUCUGCUUGCCGUGACUUAUCAAAUUACCAGUGGAGGCUGGUAUCCAAUGCCAUCUCCCAGUGCUCGCUGCCGAUUUUCGUCAAACUUGUAUUUGCCGAGGUUUGCAGAUGGCGGAGCUACACCAAACCGACGGAUACUCAUUUAGCGUCGACUGUUAUGGAUUCUAUAAUGAUGCUUUUCGAAAGAAUUGAGAAACAGCAUGGUCGUCUUCUAGUAUUCCAUGCUUUAGCAUACAUCACGGCUGCCCGCAGUGGUCUCUCUGAAACCGAACUGGAGGACUUGAUCAGUUUAGAUGAUAAAGUCUUGGACGACGUAUACCAGUACCAUUUGCCACCGGUUCGAAGAAUACCACCUCUACUUUGGACAAGAAUUCGUAAUGAUCUACCCAACUAUCUUUCUGAGCGGGAAGCGGACGGAGUAUCUGUUAUGAACUGGUACCAUAGACAGUUCAGAGACACGGCGCGAGAGAGGUACUUCAAGAAUAUGAACAUGGCCAUGUAUUUCCACUCCAUGAUUGCUGAUUAUUAUCUCGGUAUCUGGGGUGGUGGUAUACCAAAGCCGUUCAAGUACACAGAGAUACAGAGACACCGAUUCAACUUGGCUGAUAGAGAAGGUGUAGCCGAUAGGAAAGUUCCUCUGCAACCUUUGGUAUUUACAUCCGCUGAUGGUGCUAACAGAAGAUACAACUUGCGAAAGUUUGGUGAGCUUCCCUUCCAUCUGGUACGCUCUAAGCGUUUCACGGAUCUCUACGCUCAGGUUCUCUUCAACUAUGAGUGGUUACACGCCAAACUCAAUUGUUGUCCUCUACAAGCCGUCUUAGCUGAUUUUGAAGAUGCCAAGCUUCAUGUCAAUAAAGACGCUGUCAGAGAGUUAAUGCUAGUAGCAGACGCUCUACGUCUGGGUGGUGCUAUACUUGGACAGUAUCCUGAUAUGUUAGCUCCUCAGCUAGUUGGCAGACUUUUGCCGGAAGCACAGCAAAACCCAGCAGUAGCUUCGCUUCUGAAGCAGUGCCACGAUAAAGGCAAGACUCACUGUGCGCUACUGCCAUCACAUCAUUGCUUGCAUACACCUGGUGGACCAUUAAAAUAUUCCUUGGAAGGUCACCAGUUCGCAGUUUUCGCAUUUCGGCUGAGUUCAGACAAGCGUUACGUGGUGUCGAUCUCCAGCCGCGUGAUCUCAUGGGACCUGUCCACGUCUGACUUGGCAAGGGAUCUAUGUCCCCAGCUGGAGGGUAUCAUGCAGAACCUGGAGGUGUCGCCAGAUAAUAAGUGGGCUGCUGCCUCCACCAACAACUCUGUUGUUAGUACUCCUGAUUUCAAUGUAAAUUUAUUCUUUCGUGUAAUUUAUUUAGGAGAAACAGUCCGAGGUGUGUCGGUUCUAAAUCAUCAUAUGGUAAUAUAUGGACCUAAUUCUUGGGUCCAGUAUAGCAUGAGAGGAGAACACGAGAAGACCGCGCCUGCUCCUGACACAGAACCUUAUGAUGAUCUUCAUUGGGAGAUAUUGUCAAUGGAAUUCCGUGACCUGGAUAUGUUCAUACUGGUAAUGUGGAGUGGAGACCUGGACGAUGACCGCAUGCUGUUCCAGUUCUGCAAGGAUGGCAAAUGGAUGCAACCGUUAAGAUGCAGGGGCGCGUUUGCUAUGAACAAAUAUUGGACCAAGAUUUACACAAGCGACCCUGAAAGAGGUUACCAGGUAUCAAUAUUCGAACUGAUAGAAGACAAAUGGGUAAAAGUAGAGGAACUUCAUCAUAGAGAAACGGAUACUGCAGAAGCGAUGCUACAGCUCAAAAGAGGGAGGAAAGACAAAAUGCUACUUGCAACGACAACAUACAGUUUUGUAGUGUGGGACUUUGAUAACGUGAUCCCAAGAGAUAAGCACCAGAUAGAGGAAAAGAAGAAGAAGGGAGAAGAUGAUGUUAACAAAAAGAAAGAUGAAACAGAAGAAGAAAAACAAGAUGAAAUAUCGGAGAAAGACAUGCGCGUAGAAGGCAUCGUACUUAAAUUGCCUCAUACUAUCCGGAAUAUUUCCACUAAAAUGACACUCUCUAAUUCCUUCAUGAUCAGCAACAAUAACACUUACGCUGUUGCUGGAGUAAGAAAGAAUCUCUAUGUCUGGAGUCUUGAGACGACAAGACUGAUCAAAGUGCUUGAUGCCCAUUUCGGUCGGAUUGUACAAUUGGAACCACUCACGGUUGGAUCAUGGAAUAACGUUAUAACUUCUUCCAUCGACAGGACGGUGAAAAUAUGGAACAUUGAUAAUAUAUUCGAACAAGUCCAUAAGAUAGACCGUCAAGAAUUGCCUAUAGACUCCAUUAGUUUGGCACGAGAUAAGCAAUUGGCAGUGACUGUUACUCGAAGUUGCUGGGGUUUGUGGGACACCAGUACUGGGCAUCUUUUAGCCCAACUAGCAGAUGCUCCUCUUGGGGCUAUUGUCACUCAUGCAGUCAUCACUCCUAAUGGGGAUAACGUUGUCACUGCUGAAUCAGGCAAUGUAGUGAUAUGGGAUACUCCUGAGAAACAGGUUAUCUUUAAACAAGAACAGAAGGGCGUAAAGCAAGUUCUUUUAUUAGAGGAUGGUACUAAAUUUAUAACUAUAUCCAUGGCUAUCGCAUCUGAGAGUGUAGAGCCUGUAGCCAAUGCUACUAUCACCGCGAGAACUAUACCUGAAGGCGAAAAGAUUUAUUCAGCUGAUUUUGAAGUAAGAGGAAUGGGUUAUAAAGCAGCAGUAGUCUCGUCCGAUGAAUAUCACGUGGUAGCUCCAGGAGUAGAUAAAUCCAUAAGAGAUUGUCUACACAUCUUUCACGCUAAGACUGGUGCAAGGUUACAUAGGUAA